CUCAUCUCUUGGCAUCACCACCUUGACGAUGUAUUCUAGAAUCUAUCUUCCUUCUGUCCAUCCUACAGUCCAAGACAAAAACAUUUCUGGAAAUCAUGUCAUGUAAACAGCUUCUGCUAGCAGCCUUCGCGGGGCUCGGCGUGGCUCAAUUCCCUCCAAGGCCAGAAGGGGUGACAACACUGAAGUCGAAGCUGCAUGAGAAUGUCACGCUUUCAUUCAAGCAGCCUGAGAUUUGUGAGACAACUCCAGGCGUCAAGUCGUACUCUGGAUAUGUCCAUCUUCCGGAGCGGUUUCUGGACGACGGCAGUGGUGAACUGCAGGACUACCCAAUCAACACAUUCUUCUGGUUCUUCGAAUCUCGGAAAGACCCCAUCAAUGCGCCGCUGGCGAUCUGGCUCAAUGGUGGUCCUGGCGGCUCCUCACUGAUGGGGCUGCUUCAAGAGAACGGCCCAUGCUUCAUCAGUCCUGACUCCAAGUCGACAUAUCUGAACCCAUGGAGUUGGAACAAUGAAGUCAAUAUCCUGUAUAUUGACCAGCCGAACCAGGUAGGGUUUUCGUAUGAUAUUCCGACCAACGCGACUAUGGUCGCUGUCGCAUCUGACUCCUGGAAUGGAUAUGAUACCAUACUAUGGAAUUCGACCGACGAGAUCCCUGGAGCCAACCUCACCACCUACCCGGGGACGUUCGCUAGCCAGAAGCCCCUGAAUACAGCCAACUCGACCGCCUUGGCUGCACAUGCGCUUUGGCACUUCGCGCAGACCUGGUUCUUCGAGUUCCCUUUCUACAAGCCCCACGAUAACCGGAUCAGCCUUUGGGCUGAGAGCUACGGAGGCCACUAUGGGCCUGGCUUCUUCAGCUACUUCCAGCAGCAGAAUGAGAAGAUUGCGAAUGGGACCAUCCACGAUAAAGACGCACACUAUCUUCAUCUAGACACCCUUGGCAUAGUCAACGGCCUAAUCGAUGUCGCAGUCCAAGGAGAGGCUUUGAUCACUUACCCAUACAAUAAUAGCUACGGAUUGGAAAUCUUCAACAAAUCUUUGCAUGACGAGCUCUUAUACAACUGGACACGACCAAACGGCUGCAGAGAUCAGGUCAAAGCCUGCCAAGCUGCGAUGGAAGGCCAGGGUCCCAUCUUUCUUAGCCUCGAGAACAAGAACUUGAGCCAAGUUUGUCUCGAGAUGGACCCCGGCUGCCAAGGCAUGCCCGCUGCCCAAGUCUACCAAGAGCUCGACCCGAGCGCCGGGUGGUACGAUGUCGCACACCCGAAGAACGACCCCUUCCCACCACCCCACAUGCUCGGGUACCUGACAGAAAGCUCGGUGCUUGCCGCGCUGGGCGUGCCGGUCAACUUCUCAGGUACCGCAGAGGCCGUGCAGCUGACCUUCCAGAGCACGUUCGACAUCAUCCACGGGGGCUUCCUGGAGUCCAUCGGAUACCUCCUCGACUCGGGAGUCAAGGUGCACAUGAUGUACGGGGACCGCGACUACCCGUGCAACUGGGUCGGGGGUGAGGCAGCCAGUCUUGCCGUGCCCUAUUCGAAGGCGGAGGAGUUCGGCGCUGCCGGUUACGCUCCUCUCGUCACGCCCGAAGGUGUUCAAGGGAUGUCAAGACAGUUUGGGAACUUCUCUUUCACUCGAGUGUUUCAGGCAGGUCACGAGGUACCAUCGUAUCAGCCUGUUGCGGCGUAUGAGAUAUUCAAGCGCGCCACAUUUGGCUUGGAUGUCCCGACUGGCUUGAUCCAGACCGAUGAUGACUUUGCAACUAUCGGUCCGAAAGAUAUUUGGUUCAUCAAAGGUGUGCCACCGACUCCUCCCAAGCCAAAGUGCUAUAUUCUGAGCCCGAUGACCUGUGUUCCAGAUGUUUGGAACAAGGUCCUUUCUGGCGCGGUCAAGGUCAAGGACUGGUUUGUCGUUGAGACCGAUGAGAGCGGAAAUGAUAUAUCACGUGUCGGUUCUCAACAACAGGUUAUGGAAGAACUGUAGUAUCGUUAAGCUUUCAGCAGUGGCAGCCUUGGUAUACACACUAUUAUCCUUA